UCUCAGCUGGAGAGAUCAAAAAAAGGCACAGAGGGCAAGACCUGGCAGCUGGAAAACGCCAAUUAAGAGAAUCUCCUGGGUCAGAAAAGGUGCUGAAGAGGAAACCCAAACAGGUCCAUCCCUGCCCUCACUUGGAAAGCAUCUGCCACUGAAAGACUUCACAACAAGGCUUUACAGGAGGGGACGAGCAGUUAAGAAGAUGUUUCCCCUUCCACGUUAUGAUCACCACAGAGAGCGGAAAAUGCAGGUCCAGGCUGUUAUGAGGGAGCUCACUGGAGAAGUUGUCCCAGAGCUAGACCUGGGUAAGAAGGUUAGCAUCCCUCAGGACUUGAUGAUGGAAGAGCUGACCCUACCAAUAAACAGGGGUUCCAGGCUUUAUCAGAAGAGGCAGAAGAGGGUGCAGCAGUUUGUGUUGGAAUAUCCUACAAGUUACAGAAUCGCUUCAAACAGAACAGCAGCGGGUAACUUACAUCCAAUCCAUGAGGCAGAUGGAACAACAGAUGGGCAAAUGCCUCUUCAUAAUGCAGAAGGGAAGGAGAAUUAUCCAACAGAGCUUCAUGGAACAGCCCCAGGAAAGCAGCUGCCUCCCAGAGUACCUAAGAAGACAGACAAAGUUUUGAAGAUGAGCAAAGCUUUGAAUCCUGAUAGCCUUGCUCCAGGCUAUUCUGGACCUCUAAAGAAAGUGCCUCAUGAGAAGUUCAACAGCACAGCCAUCCCCAAAGCCUACCAGUGUCCUUGGCGGGAGUUCCUUAGCAGUGAAGAUUACCAGGUUGACAGUGAUACCCGUUUGCCUGAGCCUCCCAAAAAAGUGAAUAUUGUUGACCGGAGCUUCAACAGGACUCCAACCCCAUUUGGUGGGCUAUUACUGAAUGAUGUGUACCCAGUACCUGGGUUUGAGAUGAAUGAAGCUCAGACAGACACCAUGAGCAGCUUGGAGCUGAUGUUGAAUAGACCCAGCUUUAACAGAGCACCACGAGGCUGGGUACAGGCCAUGCCAGAAUCAGAAGAACUGUGACUGACAUGCUACUUAAUACUGCUACCAGUCUCUUAAGGGUCAAUCCAUGCUAGUUUUCCAGUUUACUGAUACAGAACUCUACACAAAAUUUCUUAAGCAUAGAAUAGAUACCAUAUGUAUCUAGUAUAGAUAGCAGCUAGCCAUGACAUAAACCCUUAAGCAAGCUCCCACCUAGGGCCUUCUUAUACUCGUCUAAUGUGGAACUGAAAUGUGCAAGCCACUGAAUAGAAUAAAA